AUGUUUUCUUCGAAGAUCUUCAAAUAUGCUUGUGCUGUUAAUAAUAACCUAGUCAAACUCAAAACAAAUUUACAAUUCGGAGCAUGUGUUGGGCAAUAUCAACCGAAACGGUUAAAGACGGACUUAUAUGAACCUGAUUAUUUAAUUAGUAUGGAGCCCGAUGAACCUGUAUAUGACUGCCUGAAUUUGCAAAUAAAGGGUUACGAUUACACCUUGCUUGAAAUGUGUCAAAGAGAAAUUCAUAGAUAUGCAGAAGUAAUGGGAAUACAAGUAGAUGAGUGUUGGGCAACACCAGCUAAACAGUUCAAAAUUCAUCGUUACAAGCCAGGCGGAACAGUUGUGGACUCUGAAUACAAUUUAAAUAUUUAUGAACGAAAUGUUCAGGUUGUAGAUGUUCCUGCCUGGGCCCUCGGUACUCUUUUACGGGUAUCGCGUGCCCUGUUACCUGAAGGAUGCACAUUAAAUGUUCAUGAGCACACUAUAGAACAUGAAGAUAUCCGUUAUGUGCCUGACAAUGAGCUUUUAACUCUUAAACAACAAUUAGACGAUAUGGGUGGUAGCCGCCCCGAGAAAAAGAAAAGGAGAUAG